AUGUAAUAAAAGUAAUCUAAAAAAUCUAAAGAAGAAGAACCAAUUUUCAAUGGAUCAUUCAAAGACUAAAGUGAUGAUGAAAAUGAUGAUAAAAGAAAGAAAUAAACUCUGAUUAUGAAUGUAUCUGGUAAUUUAUAAAUAUAAAAAGAGAUACAAAAUAUGAUGUUGUUAAAUUUGUUGGGAAAAAGAUAUUUAAAUGGAUAUUAUAAUAUGAAUUAGAUGGAAUCAAUUGGGAUAUGUUUUGGACUGAUGCAGCUGUUUAACCAGAAACAUUAGGUAAAAUGCAACGUAAAUUUGUUAAAUAAUAUUUUAAAAAGCUCAUCAAAAAAUUAAUCACUUUCCUGGAAUGUAUUCACUUGCACGUAAAAAUCAUCUUGGUAGAAACUUAAUGAAAAUGAGAAAAUAAUUUCCAAAUGAUUAUAAAUUCUUUCCUUAAACUUGGUUAUUGCCAGCAGAAUAUGGAGAUUUUAAAAAUUAAUUUGUAAAAGGAAAAGUAAGAACAUUCAUUGUAAAACCAGAAGCAAGUUGUUAAGGAAGAGGAAUAUUUCUGACAAGAAAUAUUAAUGAUAUAAAUCCAACUGAUCAUUAUGUGGCAUAAAGAUAUAUGCAUAGACCAUUUUUGAUUGAUGGAUUAAAAUUUGAUUUAAGAGUUUAUGUAUUAUUGGCUGGAACAGAUCCUAUGAGAAUAUAUGUAUAUUAAGAUGGAUUAGUAAGAUUUGCUACUGAAUAAUACGUUACUCCAACUACAAAUAAUUUAGAAGAUGUUUGUAUGCAUUUAACUAAUUAUGCUAUCAAUAAGGAGAAUCCAAACUUUGUUUUUAAUAAUGAUGCAACUAAAAUGGAUGUUGGUCAUAAAAGGUCUAUUAAAUCAGUAUUUGGUAAAUUAUAAGAAGAAGGACAUAAUAUUACUAAGUUAUGGUAAGAUAUGUAUAAAUUAUUCAUUAAAACAUUCUGCACUGUUUAACCUAUACUUAAUCAUCAUUAUAAAUCAUGUUAACCUGAUAAUUAUGCUAAUAAUAUGUGUUUUGAAAUUUUAGGAUUUGAUAUCUUUAUUAAUGAUAAAUUAAGACCUUCUUUAUUAGAAGUUAAUCAUACACCUAGUUUUACUACAGAUACACCAUUAGAUUCAUUAAUAAAAAAGAAUCUAAUUAGAGAUACUUUAAAAUUGAUGAAUGUAAGUCUUAAAGCUAAAGAAGAAAUAAUAUCAUCAAGAAGAGAAUAAUUAUAAUAAAGAGUAUUGACAGGAAAGAAAUAGAAAUUAACAUAAGAAGAAAAAUAAAUACUUAUGAAAUAAUUUUCAGAAUAAAGAGAUUAAUAUGAAAAUAAUAAUUUAGGAGAUUAUGUUAAAAUAUAUCCUUUAGAAGAUUCUCAUGAAUAUGAUAAAUUCAUUGAAUUUGCUUCUUAAUUAUAAGAUAAUUGGACUGGAGCAAGUAAAUUAUAAUAUUAUAAUUUAAUAGAUAUAAGAAGAAAUUAGAAGAAAGAACAAUCUGAAACUUAAUAAUUUUAAAUUAGUAAACCUCCAACUAUUCCUGUUAAAAAACCAAAUACACCUUAAAUGUUACCAAAAAUUAGUGAAAGAUAAAAUAGAAUUCAUUAAUCAAUUGAACCAAAUGCAGAAAUGAAAAGCAAAACAUAAUCAAGCUUAGGAAAAAAUAUAAAAGAAUCUAAAAGAUAAGUAUCUGAUCCACCUUUACCAAAAUAACAUCAAAGUAUGAGAAAUGUUUAAUAACCACCUUAAUAAUAAUUACAAGUAAAAUCAUGUUUAUAACCUAAAUUAUUUGAAUUAGAUAUAUUAAGCUCUCAAAAUAGAUCAAAUUCUUAAAAUAAAAAAUUAAACUAAUUCAAAUUACAAUGA